AUGAUCCUCACUGUGCCUGGUUGGAAACACUACAGGAUAUGGCUUCCAGCCGAUGUCAGUGGUGUUCUUGUUGUCAAUUACUACCCAGGUUUUCUGACCCUCCUGAUGACAGAACCAAGUUCAUCAAACGCAGCGGAGAGUACUUCAGGACCUCCAGUGUGUAUCAUUGUGCUUGGCAUGGCUGGUUCUGGAAAGACCACUUUCGUGCAGCGUCUCCUCACCUACUUGCGUUCACUUCAACAGUCAGUUUAUGCCAUCAAUCUGGAUCCAGCCGUGCACCACGUACCCUAUCCAACAAACAUCGAUAUCCGUGAUACGGUUAAAUUCAAAGAAGUGAUGAAACAAUAUGGUUUCGGUCCUAAUGGUGCUAUUAUGACCUCCUUGAACUUCUUUGCCUCUCAGUUCAACAAAGUGGUUGAUCUGAUCCACAAAAAUUCCAGUAAAGUUUCCUAUGUUGUAUUGGAUACACCUGGUCAGAUUGAAGUAUUCACGUGGUCAGCUUCAGCUGAAUAUUUCAGCUUUUUCCAAUGGACGACGAAAGUCCACCUUUGUAUGUUUUGCUACCUGUCCUUGAGUCUAAAACGUGUACAAGAAUUUCUUGAGCCUGGGUUCUCUACCAUUUUUCCUCAGACGGAUAUAAUUGAUUGCGGAUUUGCCAUAGAAUGGAUGAGGGAUUUUGAAGCUUUCCAGGAUGCCCUUGCUGGGUCCCGUUCGACUGAUGGCCCCAUCGAGUUGGAGGCGGAUAGCUCAAGUGGAAACUCGGGAACAUCGCCUUACAUGACUAGUCUCAUCAACUCUAUGUCCCUCGUUUUGGAUGAGUUUUACAAUGAACUUCGUUGUUGUGGGGUAUCUUCAAUCACGGGAGAAGGAAUGGAUAAACUUCUUCAGGAAAUCAAUCUGGCCACCAAUGAGUAUCACGAGGUCUAUGUCCCAAUGCUGUGUAAACGAAGGUCCAGCCGGAAGGCUGCGAAGGGCGAGCAGGAUGGGACGAAAGAGUGUACCCAUGCAGACAGUGAGGUUACCACGGCGAAACUGGCCAUGGGACCACUGGGACCUGGUAGACCCAAACGUUCCAAGAACACGCGACAUAUGCUUGUUGACAUGGCUGGUGACAAUGACGAGGUAGAGGGCGAUGCGAUGGUUGAGCUGGAUGGGUUGGAACAACGAGAUAGUUCGGAAAGUGAUGAACUGGAGGAUGCCAUCGAUGGUAAUUUCUUCAGCUUAUCGCUUCUCUACUCACAUAUUUCCCAUGAUUCUGAUAAGUUUACACACGUGGCCAACUCAUAUAGAGAUCAGUUUGAACCCAUCGCAUACCUUGAUGGUUACGUGGUUUGUAAGAUCACUCUGUUUGGUAUCCCACAGAUUCCAACCUCACAUUAG